AUGCUAAAAGAUUUACUUGGUGUGACCAUUACAACGGAAGAUGAAGAUGGUGAGUUCGUAGUGCAUGUUUAAUCUGACUAUGAUUAUAGAUAUAUAUCUUCCAGGACUUAGAAAAAAGAUAGUAAGAGAGGAUUUAGCAGAAUUCCUGGAGAACCUUAUAGAAUAGAUUCUUUGUUAGAAACAGACUAUUUUAAUGAAGAUAUUAAAAGCUAAGGAGCUCUACUUGAAUAGCAAGUCUCAUCGUAAAAUGAAAUGAUGGGCAUUAAAGAAUAAUACAGAAUUAAAGAAAGUUAAAAUAGUUAAGAAGAGACGAAAUCCUAUUCAAGAGAUUAAAAUAAUUAUUCUUAAAAUAUUACAAAGACAAGCAUCGAACAAAAAUCUGACUCGUACAAUCCAGAUUUAUUAAAUAAUCAAAAGGUAUCAAUAAAUUUGGGCCGAUCUAAAGGAAUAAUGAAAUAAGAAGAAAGCAAAUCUAAACAAAAUGGAAAAAAUAAAGAUAAGGAUGAUAUGUUUGAAACUCAAAGUAUGACAUCAAGCAUAUUCUAAGAUGCUAUGAGCUAUACAAAUGAUUAGAAAAGUAUUUUUAGCCAAAACUAGCAACAGUAUUAUUAUGAAGGUGAAUUCGAAGAACUAUCAGACAUCAAUAGUGAUAUAUUAUCUGAGAGAAGUGGUAGAUCCUCAACGAUUUUAUCUAAAUCUUCAUCGGACUCCUAUAAAUUAGAGGAUUUUUAAACUCUCAGAAUCAUUGGACAAGGAUCCUAUGGCAAAGUAUAUUUAGUAAAGAAUAUUAAAAAUGGUCUGCUAUAUGCUAUGAAAAUUUUGAGGAAAGAUAAAUUAGUAGAUUAGAAGAAUAUUCACACAGCUUAUAUUGAAAAAGAAAUAUUGUAAACUAGUGAGCAUUAAUUCAUUAUGAAACUGGAAUAUCUUUUCUAAAAUGAUAAAAGAAUUUACUUCCUUAUGAAAUUUGUUGAAGGUGGUGAUCUUUAUAGACACUUGCAAAAGAGAGGACGCUUUAAAGAGAAAGUUGUAUAAUUUUAUCUUGGACAAGUUUUACUUGCUAUUGGAUACCUACAUUAAAAUAAGAUUUUAUACAGAGAUUUGAAACUUGAAAAUAUCCUUCUCAAUAGAGAUGGCUAUAUUGUAAUAUCUGAUUUUGGAUUGUCUAAGAUUUUGUCUGAUCCAAAGGAUCAAGCCUUUAGUGUAGUAGGCACAGCUGCUUAUGUAGCACCAGAGAUAUUAAAGCAAAAAGGUUAUGACAAAACAGUAGAUUGGUGGGCUUUUGGUAUAUUAAUGUAUGAAAUGCUACAUGGAAUUCCUCCUUUCUAUGACAAGAAUUUGUAUCUAAUGUUUGGAAAAAUAUAAAACGACUCUUACUAGCCUUAAUACAGUGAUGAUCUUUCAGAGAACGCAAGAGAUCUGUUAACUCAGCUAUUACAAAAAGAUCAUACAAAAAGAUUAGGAUACAAAAAUGACAUGAAUGAUAUAAUGCAACAUCCUUUCUUUAGCGAUUUAAAAUUCAAAAAGCUUGAGUAAAAAAAGAGAAUCUGA